AUGAUAAAUGAUACUGCUAGCUUAAAUCAUUUGCUGAAUUUUAAUAUUUCAGAACAUUCGAAUGCAGUAGAAAUAUUACAAUAUGAUAUUGUUGAAUGGAUUUACAAAAAUAAUAGUAGAUGGA